UUACCGGAAGUGCGCGGCCUGUUCAGACGCGCUGUGACAGCGGUGCUCGUGCUCGUCAGCGUGUGCGUGUGCUCGGUGAAGGCGCCACGUCGGCAGAAGCAGCGCAGAGGAGAAGAGAGCCGCAGCUCUGCAGAAAGUCCGCAGAAGUUGUUGAGGAGGACGGAAGGCUGCAGGCUGAACCCAGGAAGCAGCGUCCCAGGCCCGGCUGUGUCUCAGCGAGAAGCAGCAGGAACCAUGGUGAAGGAUGUGAACAGCGUGAACGUGGAGCCGCAGCCCGGGACCAGCCUGUCCUCGGACGAAGCAGAACCCGCUGACGGCCAGCCUCCAGAGGAGCCCGGUAAGGACCACGCCGUCGCUCCCCCCGGCAUGGUGUGGCGGGUCACCGGCGGCCUCUUCAACGUCACCAAGGGCGUGGUCGGCGCCGCGGUGGGCGGAGUGGCCUGGGUGGGCGGGAAGAGCCUGGAGAUCACCAAGUCGGCCGUGACCACGGUGCCGUCGAUGGGCGUGGGGCUGGUGAAGGGCGGCGUGUCGGCCGUGGCCGGCGGCGUCUCCAGCGUGGGCUCCACGGUCGCCAGCAAGGUGCCGUUCACCGCCAAGAGGAAAGACAAGGCGGAGUGAGGAGGAGGAGGCGAGGACCAAAGGAUUGAAAAGUGACGGAUUCGCCCCGCCCUGAGCCAACCGAGAGAGGCGGCCCGCUGAUCUCGACCAAUCAGACGCCACAGUGCCUUCCCCACCCCCCCACGGUCACCAUAACUCCCAGACUUUAAAGACUGCGCAGCUCUUAGUACUACUACACCAACCCGGACGCGUCCUGCUCGUCUGCUCCGUGGCGACGUCACGAUGAACUCUAGUUUACAGACCCGCCUGAGGCCACGCCCACUUUCUGCUCCCCGACCCGCAGACGUCCGCUGACACCUUUCCGUCUUCAGAUGCUGAUUCUUGUUCCUGGUUGUUUCUCAGUGGUGUUGAAGUAUUAUUGCAACCUGUUUGUGUUGAGGGAUCACGCUGUUUGUUCUGCUGAGGAGCCCUGAGGCCCCCCCCCCCCCCGCAUGCAGGAACAUCUCUGAAAUACCUACAGGCUGACGACACCGGACCCGUCAGAACCGGGUUUCCUCUGCAGCGUCUUUCUGGUGAAACAACCCAGGAAAGCUGAGCGGUUCCUUCCUCUGCUGCGGCGCAGGAAACAAUCACGAGCAUUUCAAUGCAGCUGUUGUUAAACUUUGUGAAAGAUGUUUGUAUUAUUAUUUUGUUUUUCCAAUAUAUCAAUAAAGUAGUUUAGAAGGUAAA